ACUUUCGUGGGCUAUAGUCGUUCCAUACUUGCACCGUCUCGCUCCUUUUCCGUCCCUCCAAUUACUGUCGAUCAAUGCUCCAGGGGCAUAAAGUUGCUCUGACGGUCUUUGCCCGCUCUGAGCAUCAUGGCCAGCGGUAGGCCUCCAGGUCACCACCCAGCCGCUGGCCGCGAUGACGACCUGCUGCAGCUGGAGGACGCGACCCCUAUGUAUAAUACCGGACAGCGCCCACCCGUCAACGAUGACCAUUUGUUGCGACAGUACAACAUUGACGACUCCGAUUACCCCCAGGCGCGACCCUCGGUUUCCUACGACCAGUUUGUCGGCGGACAGGCGCCGCCGCAUUCAGGUGCCCAUGCGACAGUCUCCGCGCACCCCCCGCCCCAGGCCGGGGCGUACAUAGGCGAUCCUUACAUGGGGGGCGCUAAUGUAUCUCGAACCUACUCUCAGACGUCAGGCUUGGACAACUAUCGGCGCUACUCCGUGGAUGAAUAUGAUGAUGGGUACUACCAUGUGGAUGAUCAUGAUGAUUAUAUGCACUCAGACCAUCGUGUGCAGGAGGCGAAUCAGCGGAAUAGCAUACUGGGUUUGGGAGGCGGGUUAAUGGGAAGAGCGAAGCACAUGCUGGGCAUGAAUCAGGAAUACUCGGAUAUGAACCUUCCUCUCACGGAGUCUGGCGCCAGGGCAUCCCGGGUUGACAGCACUGAGCACGGCGAAGGGGGUGUUCCCCCGAGCCAGAAGAAGUCGAAGAAGUCGGAUUUCAAGUUUGGUUUUGGACGGAAGAAGGUCGACCCUUCAACUCUUGGACCUCGCAUGAUCGUGUUGAACAACCCCCCAGCCAAUGCAGUGCAUAAAUUCGUCGACAACCAUGUGUCAACAGCGAAGUAUAACGUUAUCACCUUCAUCCCGAAAUUCCUAUACGAACAGUUCUCGAAAUAUGCCAACUUGUUUUUCUUGUUUACCGCGGUCCUCCAGCAAAUUCCAAAUGUUUCACCGACGAAUCGUUACACCACAAUUGGACCGUUGUUGAUUGUAUUACUGGUCUCCGCUAUCAAGGAACUUGUAGAAGACUAUAAGCGGCGGUCGUCAGACAAGUCUCUCAACUACUCAAAAACUCAGGUUUUGAAGGGAUCGGCAUUCCACGACACCAAAUGGGUUGAUGUUGCAGUGGGGGAUAUCGUUAGAGUUGAGUCGGAGCAGCCUUUUCCCGCCGAUUUGGUUCUCCUGGCGUCUUCCGAACCCGAGGGCUUGUGUUAUAUCGAAACCGCCAACUUGGAUGGAGAAACAAAUCUAAAGAUCAAACAAGCGAUUCCGGAGACAGCACAUUUGGUAAGCCCUGCCGACCUUAGCCGAUUAAGUGGCCGGGUUCGAUCGGAACAACCGAACAGUAGUCUCUACACAUAUGAAGCAACCUUGACCAUGCAUGCCGGUGGAGGGGAGAAGGAAUUGCCUCUGGCACCGGACCAGCUUCUUCUUCGAGGAGCUACCCUGCGAAAUACGCCGUGGGUUCACGGAAUUGUCGUUUUCACUGGCCACGAGACGAAACUGAUGCGAAAUGCGACAGCCACUCCGAUUAAGCGGACGGCUGUAGAACGGAUGGUCAAUGUUCAGAUCUUGAUGUUGGUCAGCAUUCUUAUAGCGCUCAGUGUCAUUAGCUCCGUUGGCGAUCUCAUUGUUCGACAGACUGCAUCCCACAAACUCGCUUAUCUUGACUACGGCAAUGUUAACGCAGUUAAGCAAUUCGUCCUCGAUAUCUUCACCUACUGGGUCCUCUAUUCGAACCUUGUCCCAAUCUCGCUUUUUGUGACAAUCGAAAUCGUGAAAUACGCCCAGGCAUUCUUGAUCAACUCCGAUCUUGAUAUCUACUAUGACAAAACGGACACCCCGGCAACUUGUAGAACGUCAUCGUUGGUCGAGGAACUUGGGCAGAUAGAGUACAUCUUUUCGGAUAAGACGGGAACCUUGACCUGCAACAUGAUGGAGUUCAAACAAUGUACCAUUGGCGGCAUUCAAUAUGGCGAGGAGAUCCCAGAAGACCGACGAGCUACCGUAGAGGAUGGAGUGGAAGUUGGGGUACAUGACUUCAAGCAGCUCAGGGAGAACCAAAAAUCUCAUCCAACGGCAGAUGCGAUCCAUCAUUUCCUCACGCUUCUCGCUACUUGCCAUACUGUCAUCCCUGAAAGGUCUGAGAAGGAGCCCGAUAAGAUCAAAUACCAGGCAGCUUCGCCCGACGAGGGCGCUCUCGUUGAGGGUGCUGCAAGCUUGGGCUACCGGUUUACGAAUCGAAGACCACGUUCCGUGCUGUUCACAGUAGGAGGUCAUGAGUAUGAAUAUGAACUGCUGGCGGUGUGUGAGUUCAACUCGACACGUAAACGAAUGUCGACAAUAUUCAGGUGUCCAGAUGGAAAGAUCAGAAUCUACACCAAAGGCGCAGACACCGUCAUCCUUGAACGACUGAAUUCUGACAAUCCCAUUGUCGAGGCAACAUUGCAACAUCUGGAAGAGUAUGCUUCGGACGGUCUCCGGACUCUUUGCUUGGCAAUGCGUGAAAUUUCCGAGGAGGAAUUCCAACAGUGGUACCAGAUAUAUGACAAGGCUGCAACAACUGUAGGUGGAAACCGUGCGGACGAGCUCGACAAGGCUUCGGAGCUUAUCGAGAAAGACUUCUACCUUCUCGGGGCCACAGCUAUUGAGGAUCGACUGCAGGAUGGAGUUCCCGACACCAUCCAUACGCUACAGACAGCGGGAAUCAAAAUCUGGGUUCUGACUGGUGACCGGCAAGAAACUGCUAUCAAUAUUGGAAUGUCCUGCAAGUUGAUAUCGGAAGAUAUGUCGUUACUGAUUAUCAAUGAAGAGUCUGCCCAAGCUACACGAGAAAAUUUGUCGAAGAAGCUACAGGCUGUUCAGAGCCAGAAUGCUUCUGGUGAAAGUGAAGCGUUGGCCUUGGUUAUCGAUGGGCGAUCUUUAACUUUUGCGCUGGAAAAGGACAUGGAGAAGAUGUUUUUGGACCUUGCUAUUCAGUGUAAAGCCGUGGUUUGCUGUCGUGUUUCCCCUCUACAAAAGGCCUUGGUUGUCAAACUUGUCAAGCGCCACCUGAAGUCUUUACUUCUCGCGAUUGGUGAUGGUGCGAACGACGUGUCUAUGAUCCAGGCCGCACAUGUUGGCGUUGGUAUCAGUGGUCUCGAGGGUCUUCAAGCCGCCCGAUCUGCCGACGUGGCUAUUGCUCAGUUCCGUUAUCUCCGUAAACUCCUCCUUGUUCAUGGUGCCUGGAGUUACCAUAGAAUAAGUCGUGUCAUUUUGUAUUCAUUCUACAAGAAUAUUGCUCUCUAUAUGACACAAUUUUGGUACUCUUUCCAAAAUGCUUUCUCUGGCGAAGUCAUCUACGAGUCAUGGACCCUAUCCUUCUACAACGUCUUUUUCACUGUUCUUCCUCCUUUCGCGAUGGGAAUCUGUGAUCAGUUCAUAUCUGCUCGGUUAUUGGACCGGUAUCCUCAGCUCUACCAGCUUGGACAGAAAGGAAUGUUCUUCAAAAGACACAGCUUUUGGUCAUGGAUCGCAAAUGGGUUUUACCAUUCCUUGCUACUAUACCUUGUUUCGCAGUUGAUUUUCCUCUGGGACCUUCCCCAAGGAGAUGGCCAGAUUUCCGGCCACUGGGUAUGGGGAUCUGCCCUGUACACGGCAGUUCUCGCCACGGUCCUUGGGAAAGCGGCACUGAUUACGAAUAUUUGGACCAAAUACACGUUCAUCGCGAUCCCGGGAUCAAUGGUCAUCUGGCUAGCAUUUCUUCCCGCGUAUGGCUAUGCCGCACCAGCCAUCGGCUUCUCCACGGAGUACUACGGUACCAUCCCCCGCCUCUUCAAAUCACCCAUCUUCUACCUCAUGGCCGUCAUCCUCCCGUGUAUCUGUCUCCUUCGAGACUACGCCUGGAAAUAUGCCAAGCGGAUGUACUAUCCACAACAUUACCACCACGUCCAAGAGAUCCAGAAGUACAAUGUACAAGACUACCGCCCACGCAUGGAACAGUUCCAGAAGGCCAUCCGAAAAGUGCGUCAAGUCCAGCGCAUGCGCAAACAACGCGGCUACGCUUUCAGCCAGGCCGAUGAUGGUGCCCAAAUGAGAGUCGUCAAUGCUUAUGAUACCACGAGAGGAAGAGGGCGAUAUGGUGAAAUGACUAGUUCCAGAGCUUUAGUAUAACGAUCUGAUUUUUGGUUUUGUUUCUUAUCUUAUUCUUUCUUCUUCACUUCCCCUGUCCUUUGCCUCCUUGUAUUAGUUGCAUCUGUGGCGGUCUGAUGACCGACUGACCUCCAUCACUCUCUGUCCACGUCACUCUUGCUAACCUUACCAUUCGUCUUCCUUUCUCUCUUUUUGGACUAUAUUGCAUGAUGGUCCUCCGCUUCGCCUAUAUCUUCGUUCUUCCUAUCUUCUCUAUGAGUCAAUGUGAAAUCUUGAAUUUUGUGAUAUCAACUUCUUCAACUACACCACUUUGUUGAAUGUUUUCUUGAACAUGGAUGACUUGUAAUGUCUAGAUAGGUUAAACAGACAGAAUGGGUAAUGAUAUAUUGCUCAUCUUCUGUUGAGAUUUUCUCUUAAGUAGCAAUCCCUUUGUACUUGCCUCGUCCUUCAUUUUUACAUUUGUCUUCAAGGUAACCGGGGUCAGUCCAUGAUAUUGAUAGGCAGUUGUCUAGAAGGCCUGCGGAACUCAGGUAAGGCCCCGUGGCAUAAAUAUUGCUCUGGCCUACAUUGACAAGCUCGAAUGUGUACGGCGCACCUAACUAAAUGCACUUGUCUAAGAAGCAUCAAAUGAUAAUAGCCCCACUAUCUCAAUUAAUAUAUGCUUUGAGGAAUU